AUGAUAGAUAAUAGUGGCGACAUCGAGAAGAAAGUUGUAAGGGUUGCGGAUAUCGAUUCGAAAUCGACCUCGGGUAGCGGCAAUGAGGUAUCGAUUGAAAAUGCAACAGGAUCAACGCAGGAAAAAAGGACAGUGGUAGAGAACAUACUAAACGUUCUUAGCUAUGUUCCUAGACGGUGUCGGUAUGAUCCGGAAAAGGAAUUUAAGUUUAACUUGGCAUUAAAUCUACUAUUUGCAUUUGCGGCAACCUUCACCGUCGCGAACCUCUACUACAAUCAUCCAAUCUUGGAUAUCUUGGCCAAGGACUUCAAUGUAACCUACGAACGAGUCUCCAUUAUUCCGAAUGUCAUGCAAGCUGGCUACGCUUCCGGACUCUUUUUCAUUACCCCACUCGGAGACUUAUUCAGACGACGAGCAUUGACGCUGGUUUUGAUUCUCUUUACGACUUUAAUGUGGCUCGGCUGCACUUUAACGAAGAGCUUUAGUGUAUUCGCCGCAUUGAGUUACAUGGUUGGGUUGACGACCGUAACGCCACAGUUAAUGCUACCGCUAGUUGGAGACUUAGCACCGGCAAAUAGGAAAGCGGCAUCUAUCGCAAUUGUGUCUUCGGGACUGCAGCUCGGACUUCUACUGGCUCGAGUGCUAUCUGGAGUCAUUACUCAGUACUCUACGUGGCGAGGGGUUUAUUGGCUAGGAUUCGGCGUUCAAUUACUAAUUUUCAGCUUGUUAUGGCUAUUCAUGCCAGACUAUCCUCCCAAAAACGUUGGAUUGAACUAUCUUAGCAUGUUGUUAUCAAUGCUCAAGCUAGUAUUCAAAUAUCCUCUACUGGUUCAGGCAUCGGUUAAUGGAGGCUUCCUAGCAGCUACGUUUAUGCUCUACUGGACUACUUUAACGUUUUUACUAGCUUCGACACCGUACGAGUUUUCCAGUAGCAUAAUCGGGUUGUUCGGGUUAAUCGGCAUCGCAGCGAUUUUGGUAACCCCCUGGACGGCUAGAUACGUAAUCGAUCGGUUUCAUCCACAGCUUUCGGUGAUCCUGGGGACUGGUACGGUGCUUUUGGGGCAAGUUAUUGGAACUUAUGCCGGGAAGACUACCGUUGCGGCGCCGGUUUUACAGGCUUGGUUUAUAGAUCUUGGGAUAUCUACGGCACAAGUUGCGAAUAGAGCGGGGAUAUAUCAGUUGGAUGCGAGUUCGAGGAAUAGAAUUAAUAGCGUGUAUAUGCUCUCGGUGUUUAUUGGACAGGUUAUGGGCACUGGCAUCGGAGCGAAGACGUAUGCUGUCGGAGGCUGGCUAGCGAGUGGAAGUGCCAGUGUGGGAAUUACGGUGCUGGGGUUGUUGGUCGCAUUGGGGAGAGGCCCACAUGCGAAAGGUUGGCUGGGGUGGGACGGCGGUUCCAGCUUUAAAUUGCAGACUCGGGUGCAGCAGGCUGGCGACGAGGGAAUGAGAGCUGAAGCUGGACAAAGUGGACCUGCUACUGCUGGUGCUACUGCUAUCACAUCUCGAGUCCCAGGUGCCACCAGAUUAAGUGCAUCAGAGCGAGAUCGAGAUGGGGGGCAAUCAGGAAUUGUGGAGAAGACGGCUUUGGCCUAA